UUUCCUGGCUGAGACGGAUGCAGCUGCGGCUGAGCAGCUGCUGCCCCCUCAGUGGGGUGUGGACCAGGGGGAGACCUUCAUCCAAGCCCCCUCUGUGCCCACCCCAGGUGGGGUCUUUCUCCGGUGGCUGGAACCAGCCCCCUGGGGCUCCCUGGACUCUGCCGACACCAGCUCCUGAGCUGGCACCUGCAGAUGCAGGGAUCAAUUCUGCGUCGCCACUGAGAGAAAAGAAGGGGGGAUAGAUACAUGGCCAGGUGGCGACUUGUACUAGGAUUCCCCAUCCUUAAACCUGACCUGCAUGGAGCCAGGGGAAGAGCUGUGGGCACUGGAUCUCCAGGGGAGGCACCAGCCCAGGUGAAGAACAAGUUAAACCAGCUCAGAGUCCAUCUGGGAGAGAAGCCCAGCGCUGGGAUUCGCACUGAGCCCUUGUGAGCUUUUCCAGGUCUGCCCUUCUCAGGUAGCUCAUCACCGAACUGGAAGGGACCUCGAGAGGUCAUCUAGUCCAGUCCCCUGCACUCAUGGCAGGACUAAGUAUUAUCUAGACCAUCCAUGAGAGGUGUUGCAAACACCUGUCCUAGUUUCAGGGCAAAUGUUGCCUGGGGCUUUUUACCCUUUCUGCCUGAAAGCAGCUACCAACCCUCGCUCUGCCUAUUGAGAUGGGAAGGGAAGCAAAGCAGGAUGGGUCCCCUCUGGUGAAGGACUGGGGGAUGGUUUUGUCCAGGUUCCCCAAUACAUUAUCUUGGUAUAAUAGAUUCUAAAGCCAGAAGGGAUCAUCUAACCUGACCUGCAUAGCACGGGGCAGAGAAUUCCACAUAGGAAUUGGGGUUUUUCUUGCCCUCUUCCUUCCCUGGUUGGGGGGGAAUGUCUUAUAUGUGGAUUCUGUCCAUAAACCAGGGAUGGCAACAAGUGCGAAUGAGAAGGCAAAUCUGCUGCGGGGAAGCCCUGAGUCCGCAGAAGCCGAGAAAGCAGAGGGGCACAUUUGCCCGAGAGAAGCCAGUGAGAGUCAGGGUGGGUGGGAGAAAGAGGAGGAAGGAAAUCUUCCAGGGGGGAGAGAGGAUAAAUCUUUUCCCCAAGGAGGAGAUGUAAGGCAACUCUGGGUGCAGCAGAGAGAAGGGGAAGGUGAUGGGUCCAGGGAAGGAUUCACGGAGAGUGCCCAAUCUGAUGCCCAGUGGAGCACCCACAAGGGAGAGAAAUGCCACCAGUGCCCUGACUGUGGGAAAAGCUUCAACCGGAGCUCGACCCUUAGUGCCCACCUGAGGAUCCACACCGGGGAGCGUCCCUACAUAUGCCCGGACUGUGGGAGAGGCUUCACGCAGCUGGCUCACCUGACCCAGCAUCGGGGGACACACUCAGGAGAGGAACCCUAUCACUGCGCCGACUGUGGGAAGGGCUUUGGGGUCAGCUCCCGCCUGGUGGCACAUCAGAGGAGCCACACGGGCGAGCGCCCCUACAAAUGUCCCGAAUGCGGGAAGAGCUUCCGGGUCAGCUCAGUCCUGGUGGUGCAUCAGCGGAUCCACUCCGGAGAGAGACCUUAUAAAUGCACCGAUUGCGGGAAGAGCUUUAAUGUCAGCUCCAACCUCAUUAAACAUCAGAGGAUCCACACGGGGCAGAAGCCCUACAAAUGCACCGAGUGCGAGAGGAGCUUCAAUGAGAGCUCAGCCCUGAUUGCCCACCAGCGGCUGCACAAAGGGGAGCGACCCUACAAAUGCCCUGACUGCGGGAAGAGCUUCAACGUCAGCUCCAACCUCCUGGAGCAUCAGGGCACCCACAGGGGCCAGAAACCCUACAAAUGCCCCGAGUGUGGGAAAGGAUUCGCCCGCAGCGCCCACCUCUCACAGCACAGCCGGACUCACACCGGUGAGCGACCCUACAAAUGCGCCGAGUGUGGGAAAGGAUUUGCUGUGAGGUCCCAUCUGGCCCAGCACUGCCGGGUCCACACUGGGGAGAGACCCUACAAGUGUGCUGACUGCGGGAAGGGCUUCACGGCCCGUUCGUCCCUGACCACCCACUGCCGGACUCAUACAGGAGAGCGACCCUAUGAAUGCCCCGAGUGUGGGAAAAGCUUCAAUCAGAACUCGCACCUGGCUCAGCACUGGAGAACCCACUCGGGAGAACGACCCUAUCACUGCCCUGACUGCGGGAGAAGCUUUGGGGACAGCUCUGCCCUCAUUAAGCAUCAGAGAAUCCACCUGCAAAAGAAACCUUGUUAAUGCCACCCCACAGCUACUGGGAAAGCUUUGCUUGGAACUCAGCGCUUAUUACUAGAACUGGGCAGGUAAAGGCUUUUUCAGUGAGGUGGGAAUUCAAAAAGAAAGAAAAAAAAUCAUGUUGAGUUGACCCCAGAACAAAAUGUUCCAACAUUUGGGGGGGAUGGAAAAGUGGAAAAUAAAAAUCAUUUCAAGUUGAACUCUUGUGCUACAUGAAACAUUUCAUUAGGAUUUUGAGUGGCUUUACCAUCUUUU